CUCCAAAGGUAGCAGCCAUUCCAGACCCGCGGAAGGUGUAGGAGAAAGCCACCAGUCACAAGUCGAGGGAGAGAAAGUUCUCCAUGGGGAGCCAAUGAAAAAACCGGGUAGAGUGCGAGCGCGAGCUCCUCGGCCAAUCUCGGGCGAGGGCGAGGGAAGCCCCCAUGGCGAUUUCGAAUCCGGGGUCGGGGGCCAGAACGGACAGCCAAUGCGAACGCUUUGGAGGUGGGCCCCGGAGCCCGCCAGCCAAUCGAGAGUGGGCGCAGGCGGGCGCGCGCGCGGCGGCGGCCGGGCUUAUAGGGGCGGGGCGGCCGGCGCGCGCUCUCGUGGCCUCGCUGUCCCGGCGGCGCCAACCGAAGCGCCGCGCCCGCUGCCGACAUGCUGCGCCGCCUUCUGCUCUGCCUGGCCCUGGCCGUGCUGACGCGCGCGGGCGCCGCCGCUCCGGAGGAGGAGGACCACGUCCUGGUGCUGCACAAGGGCAACUUCGAGGAGGCGCUGGCGGCCCACAAGUACCUGCUGGUGGAGUUCUAUGCGCCAUGGUGUGGCCACUGCAAGGCUCUGGCCCCCGAGUAUGCCAAAGCAGCUGGCAGGCUGAAGGCGGAAGGCUCGGAGAUCAGACUGGCAAAGGUAGAUGCCACCGAGGAGUCCGAUCUGGCUCAGCAGUAUGGUGUGCGUGGCUACCCUACAAUCAAGUUCUUCAAGAACGGAGACACCGCUGCCCCCAGAGAGUACACAGCUGGCAGAGAAGCUGAGGACAUCGUGAACUGGCUGAAGAAACGCACCGGCCCUGCCGCCAGCACGCUGCCCGACAGGGCCGCCGCGGAGGCCUUGCUGGAGUCCAGCGAAGUGACCGUCAUCGGCUUCUUCAAGGAUGUGGAGUCGGACUUUGCCAAGCAGUUCCUGCUGGCAGCGGAGGCCAUCGAUGACAUACCUUUUGGGAUCACGUCCAACAGCGACGUGUUCUCCAAAUACCAGCUGGACAAGGAUGGGGUUGUGCUCUUCAAGAAGUUUGACGAAGGCCGGAACAACUUCGAGGGGGACAUCACCAAAGACAAGCUGUUGGACUUCAUCAAGCACAACCAGCUGCCGCUGGUCAUCGAGUUCACUGAGCAGACAGCCCCGAAGAUUUUCGGAGGUGAAAUCAAGACUCACAUCCUGCUCUUCCUGCCCAAGAGCGUGUCUGACUAUGAGAGCAAACUGAGCAACUUCAAGAAGGCCGCCGAGCGCUUCAAGGGGAAGAUUCUGUUCAUCUUCAUCGACAGCGACCACACGGACAACCAGCGGAUCCUGGAGUUCUUCGGCCUCAAGAAGGAGGAGUGCCCCGCCGUGCGCCUCAUCACCCUGGAGGAGGAGAUGACCAAGUACAAGCCGGAGUCGGACGAGCUGACGGCGGCGAAGAUUGAAGAGUUCUGCCACCGCUUCCUGGAGGGCAAGAUCAAGCCCCACCUGAUGAGCCAGGAGCUGCCCGAAGACUGGGACAAGCAGCCCGUCAAAGUCCUGGUUGGGAAAAACUUCGAAGAAGUUGCUUUUGACGAGAAAAAGAACGUCUUUGUGGAAUUCUAUGCCCCGUGGUGUGGGCACUGCAAACAGUUGGCCCCCAUCUGGGACAAGCUGGGAGAGACGUACAAGGACCACGAAAAUGUCGUCAUCGCCAAGAUGGAUUCGACGGCUAACGAGGUGGAGGCCGUGAAAGUGCACAGCUUCCCCACACUGAAGUUCUUCCCAGCCGGCGCCGACAGAGCGGUCAUUGAUUACAACGGGGAGCGGACACUAGACGGUUUUAAGAAGUUCUUGGAGAGCGGUGGGCAGGACGGGGCCGGAGACGACGAUGACCUGGAAGAUCUGGAAGAGGCGGAAGAGCCUGACCUGGAGGAAGACGACGACCAGAAAGCUGUGAAGGACGAGCUGUGACCCGGAGGCCAGACCCUGGCGCCCAGACACGGCACCUCAUGGCCGCACACCCAGCGGCGCGGCCUCCGGAAGCUGGGGCCCCUCCCCGGAAGGAGGGAACGUCCAUCGGAAAUGCAGGGAACUUUCUGAAGCGACACUUCAUUCUAACACACGUGUAAAUCGAAACCCAUCACCCUUUGCUUUUCAAUCUCUGGAAAGGGAUUUAUCUCCAGGCCAGCCCAUCUUCUGGGCCAUUUUUUUUUAAAUCGUGAUGUACUUUUUCGUACAUGGUUUUGUCCAAAGUGCUCGUUAAAAUGUCUUGGAAUCUCGGGCAGGUGAAGCCUCCUUCCUGUUAGGUUUAUACUGUCACUUUUGAACAUGCCAUCGGUGGGAUUUUUAGACAUUUUUGGACGUCAGGGUGUCUGUUCCACUCUGGCCGUGGCUCCCCGGAGACUCCUGUCCCCUGCUCGGGGAGGGGCCCGGCCGGCCUGGACAGCCACUCUCACAUGCCGGUGUUGCCAUGGCUGAGCGUGGUUCUCCCGGUGUUUGGUUAAAUGGACGCUUUGGCACGGUGGGGAAGGCGGGGGCCUUCUGCGCCUGGAGGGGUGGUGGGUGCCGGCCGAGCCCCGGGCAGCCCCCCAUCCUUCCCGAGCCAGGCCCCCCGUUCUGUGACUUCCAGGGUAACCUGAGGCCUGUGCCAGGCAGAACCUCCCAUUUCCAGGCUGGGAAACGGUCAGGAGUGCUUGAGCCGAACCAAACGUUGACAGUUUUCAGGCAUUUCUACCACAAUAUUGGAAUUGAACACAUUGGCCAAAUAAAAUUGAAAUUUUACUAC